AUGUCCAUCACAAACGAAUCCCAACCUCAAGCUUCAGCUUCUCCCACUUCAACAACAAAACCCACCUCCAAGCACCGUGAUUCAACAUUCCAUGGCGUCCGGAAGCGAACCUGGGGACGCUAUGUUUCAGAAAUAAGGCUACCUGGUCAGAAAACUCGGAUAUGGCUUGGCUCAUUCCAGACUGCUGAAAUGGCGGCGCGUGCUUAUGACUCCGCGGCUUUCUUCUUAAAAGGCAGCUCGGCUAGCCUUAAUUUCCCCGAAGAGGCUGCGUUUUUACCUCGUCCUGGUUCUUCUUCUAGGAAAGAUAUUCAAUCGGCGGCGGCUAAAGCGGCUCAUCAACGAAGCCGCCACCAUCAACAACAAUCUUCUUCUACUUCUAUCGAAACCAAAAAUGAAAACGAAAAUAAAAAUAUUAUUAUUAUUAAUAAUGAAAACAACAAUAAUAAUAAUAAUAUUAAUAAUAGUAGUAAUACUAAUAAUGGCAUUGAUGAUUUUUCUAUUGAGAUGAUGGAGUUGUGGAAUCAAGAAGAAUGUGCUUCGACGACGUCGUUUUGGGAUAUGAAAGAUGCUCCACUAAUGAGUCCAACAAGGGUGGGGUCCAUUUACGGAGAUAUGAUGACAUGGAACGAAGUGUUUGAUUUCAAUGAUGACAUUCUUCUAGCCAUGGCUCAUCCAUAA